AUGGAUACACCCAAUUCUACGAUGAUGGUCGAAGAUUCCACUACAAAGAGUGAAGAAUCGUUGAAUACUGUUUCCGCACCAACAAACUCGACAGUUUCAAAUUCAUCUGUAUCUACACCUUCACUACCAACAACAAUAGCAACAUCAGCAACUAAAAAUAUGAAUAAAGAAACUAAAAAGAGAAUACAACCAACCUUAAUAUCUAGCACAAUAAGCACAACAACAACUGCGUCAGCACCAGUCUCACGACCUUUUGAUAAUAUCAAUCAUGACUUGACAUCAUCGAUCACCUCUAUGUUUAAUCAAUUCUCAUUGAUGCAUAAUCAACCAAAGAUAAUAUUGAACAUCAACUCAAACAACAACAAUAAUAAUACGAAUAAUUCGACAAUAUCAACUACAACAAACAACGCUAUCGAUGAAGCUAAUAAUAAUAAUAAUAAUAAUAAUAAUAAUAAUAAUAAUAAUAAUAAAAAUAAUAAUAAUUAUAAAAGAAGACAAGAGAAAGAAAAAGAAAAGAAAGUUAAAGUAUCAAAGAGUUUGUUAGAGUUGGAGCCAUUCAGCUUCUUGGUAUCUACACCACCCAUUCAUUGUUGGGAAUUCUAUUUAGAGCUAAUGAAAUGGUGGAAAUCAAAAGAGAUUGUAUCAUCUAGCUUAACAACCACCACCACCACCACUACUGAUUCCAAAGAGAGUGACAAUAACAACAUUAGUAAUAAUGAUAAUGAUAAAGGAAAUGAAAGUAUUAUAUUAUCAUAUAAAGUACCAUUUCAACCAAGUGAAACAUUAUUGAAUCAACUUGAAAAUUAUAUUAUAUCAAAAGAAUCAUUAUUAGAGACAAUCAAUUCACCUUUGAAUGAAAGUAGGAAUCAACAAAAGUUAGAUACUAUCGAAUGUUUAUACUCUAUGAACUUUGAAAGUGGAAAACUUGAUCAAAAUAAGAUGUUGAAGGUUCAAAAGGAAUUGUGGUGGAUCAAGCAAUCUAAUGAUUGGUUGUCGAAAGAAUCACAAUCAAAGACAAGCUAUCUCAAGGUUUGGUUUGGUUUCUUCAUCUUGGAACUUUGGUACAGAUUCGUAUGGGCAAAGUACACACAGAUCAUUUAUAAUGAACUGAAACUCAACAGUCAUGGUGAAUCAAUAGAUGACGAAUCACCACUAUCCACCAAAGAUAUAAUGACUGAUGCAUACAACGAUAACGAUGUCAUUGAUCUUGAUGAUCUUGGUAAAGAGGAGGAGGAAGAAGAUGAAGAUGAAGAAGAGGAAGAUGAUGAUACUGAAGAUGAGAAUAAUAAUAACAAAAGUAUUAGUACCAGUAAUGAAAGUAAUGGAAAUAACGAAAGUAAUGUAAACAAUGGAAGUGAUAACGAGGAAAUGGAUAUUGAUGAUGAUUCUGUAAAAUAUUCUACUUCAAAGAGUAUUUCUGCUACUCCUGCUGCUGUUGUUGCUGCUGCUGCCACUGGUAAUGCGGAUGUUAGUAGCACUGACUUGGAGACUGAAGAUGAUGACGAUGAAGACGAUGAUGAAGCAGGACAUGAUGUUGUGAAUGAUGACGAUGGUGAUGAUGUUGAGAAAAUGAUGGAUGAUGAUGACGAUGAAGAUGGCGAUGGCGAUGGCAAUGACAAUGACAAUGACAACAGUAUAUUGGAUUUGGUACCAAAGGUAGUUCCUAUGUUUUUUGUGCAUCCUUCUAUGACCGAUGUCAUCAAUGAGAUAGAAUCGGACUACUGGGAUAGCGGUGUCUGGUCAAUCACCAAGGCAUUCGAGACAUUCGGACAGAUCAUCCAUUCGUUCUACCGCGAUAACAAGUCACUGCCAUCGCUCACCUUUGCAGAGAUUCACGAGGUCGUUCAUGAGAUCUACGAGGGUAGAUACGCCAAGUUUAUCGCCAACCUCGGUAUCAUAUUCUAUGGAGACAACAAUCACACUUGGAAGUGGGUCUCUAGCGCUAUGGAGAUGGAAUUUGUCGACAUUGUCUACAAGCAACAGUUUGCAACACUGACACAAGAGGGACAGGUUUCUCACUCACACAACUUCCAUCGUAUAUUCCCUGGCUACCAGGAUAUGAAACCACCAACUCAUCCAAUCGGAGAUUAUUACAUCUCGCUAAAGAAUCGACUGGAGAAACAAGGUGUAUUCAAUAAGGAGGUAGAAAAGAUAGUUGAAACACUCGAUCGACUCGUUGAAGAACGUCAACUGAUCUCCACACCAAAGCAUGUCAACAACGAUCAUGACAAUAACAAUAACAACUCUGAAACUAACAACAACAACAAUAAUAAUAGCAAUAACAAUGAUGAUGUCUUUAAAGCAGUGAAUGAAUAUCAUCAAACCAGAAUCAGAUACCUAGACCAAUUGAUUGCUACUCUCAAAUCAGAGUAUAGUAAACUUACAAACAUUGUCGAUCAAAUACCAUCAACAAAGCAAUCUAAAAAAAAAAAAUAG